AGUAACUGGCUAAGUCACAGGACUAACAACGUUCUAUGUUAUGCAGCGUAUUAUUCUGGGAGGGAAAAGAGCCUGGAAGCGAAAUCACAAGGGCAGAUGUCAAAAUGUUCAUAAGCGAUCAAUCAAUAGCAAACAACUGGAUUGAUUGCUAUGGGGAAAUGUUGAAGGAUGAACUGCAAAACGAAAGUUCACAAAGUUUGGGAAGAUCUGCUUUUAUGCAUAGCAUGUGUUGGUAUUCGACAAUACAUUUAACUGUGAGAAACCUCCAUCAAUACUUGUGUGAGCCGCUGUUCCAAAACAUGGGAAAAUGCAGCAUGCUUUUCUUCCCAAUUACCCAUAAUGAAGAAUUUCACCACACGCUCUUGGUCUUUGACAAGGACAUACCGCAAUGACUGCAUUUUGAUUCAAUGAAACCAAGAAGAGCAGGAACAGGGGAGUGCUUUAAAAGUAUAAAAAAAUUGGUUGAAAUGGUCGAGCUGUGGAUGAGAGCAGUGAAAGAUCAAGCAGAUGAUAUGCUGCAGCAAGGCUGCCGAAUGAAAUUUGACAAGAGUCAAAGCACUCACACAAAAUUAAAGAUGGUUGAAAGUAUUUUGAGCGAUGACGAAAUAAGAACAAUAAGCUGGAUAAAGGAAAAUUAUGAUGGUGGAAGGAUCCCUUUGAACCAUGCCAGAAUCUGCCCCCAACAAGACCAAGGAUCAUUAGAUUGCGGACCUUUUGUAAUGUAUUACAUGGACAGAAUGGCAAAAGAGGAGAAGCUGCCAAACAAAGUCACCAAAGGCAAGUCUGACUAUGUAAAUAUGAAGGCCGCAUAUAAUUGA